AUGUUGCUAAAGUUAUUGAUCCCUCGGAUAAAGCUAAUCCAGAACAGAAGAGAAGCGAAGAUUAAACAAAUGCGCCGCGAAAUUGCAAAGCUUCUCGAGACUGGUCAAGAAGCAACUACUCGAAUUCGUGUUGAAAAUAUUAUAAGGGAAGAGAAGAUGAUGGCUGCUCAAGAGAUCCUUGAGCUCUUCUGUGAGCUCAUUGCUGUUGGUCUUCCUAUUAUUGAGGCUCAAAGGGAAUGUCCUGAUUUAGAUCUAAAAGAAGCUAUCUCAAGUGUAUAUUUCGCUGCGCCAAGGUGCUCUGACUUGACAGAGCUGCUAGGUUCAUAUGGAAAGGAAUUCGUUGCAGCUGCAUCCGAGCUCAAGCCCGAUUCUGGUGUCAACCGUAAGUUGGUGGAGCUGCUGUUUGUGCAUGCAUAUUCCCCAUAAUCUAAACUGAAACUUCUCAAGGAAAUUGCACAAGAACAUCAACUUCAUUGGGACCCUGCUUCUACAGAAACUGAUCUCUUCAAAUCGCAUGAAGAUCUUAUUGAUGGACCAAAGCAAUUUGGUGGGGGCUCUAAGUUGCCUUUAUGGGAGGAACAAGAUAAAGGGCCACGUUUGACAAUGCUACCUCUUUCACGUCCAGAGGAACCAUCUGAUUCUGAAUCCGAGUAUGAAAGUUUGGAAUUUCCUGAGAUUCUCAAUGUCUUGUUGCGGCCGACUCCUGGCGCUACCCCUGAAAAUGCACCGGAGGCUGUGAAACCUGCCACAUAUGAACAUACCUCUCCUGACAUGCCCUUUGAUUCAGAAAAUGCAGGAGACGAAAAGUUGGCUUUCAUAAGAGAUGAACAUCCUGCAAUAUCAAGUACCACUGUCGUGGAAGUCCAACAAUCUUCACCCUUUGUUUCUUCACAGUAUGUGACGGAAUCUGAGAAACGGGACAGUUGUUCUCCACCAUCUGCAUGUGUAGUAGGACCCUUAUCUACAGAAGAGAGUGGUGCUUCAAGGGAUCUUCCAAGGAAAAUAUCCGAUAUGGACUUGCAGGAUGUCCUAACAGCUGCUCAAGCUGCCGCUGACUCAGCAGACCGUGCAGCAGCAGCAGCUCGUUCAGCUGCAAGUCUUGCGCAACUCAGGAUCAGUGAGCUCACCAAUAAGACAGCCGACCAGUAUCCAGAAAGUCCGACCGAGAACCCUUUCCAUUCAAACCAACCACUACAUACAAGGGAAAACCCGCAAUUUGAUCAUCAGAAUUCUUCUGCCAGCAACUAUGGAGAUCUUACAGACUUCCAAAUGAGUGACUCUUCAGCAUUUUUCAGUCAUGAGCAGAACAACCACCAAGCAGAGAGACUCCCUUCAAUUGAAAACACACAGUUUGAUCAUCAGAACUCAUCAGUCAGCUGCUAUGGCGAUCUUUCAGAGCUACAAAGACCAGAGACCUCAUCGUUUGAGAGACGCAGCCCUGACCAGGACCACCAGCAGAUGAGACUACCUUCCAUGGAAGACGAUCCCUAUUACUCAUACCCUAAUCUCUUCACAUCGCAGAAUCCUGACUGCUCACUUGGCUCUCCUUCAUUUUCAGACAAAGCAGAAUCUGCCCAUGGUUCUUAA